UCUCCGAUGCUUUAUGACGUGAUGAAGCAACAGUUCAAUGACCUAUGUUUUAAAUUGUACAAUUUGUUCAAAGUUAAUGAUUAUCAUGGAUGUGGGGAGGCAACUGCACAAGAGAGCAAUCAUGUUCUGUUUGCCACAUAGAAAGAGUUCGGCCAAACACAUGCACCAUGUCCAAGUUCUUUUUUAUAGCAGGUGUCUGUUUUACACUUGGAAGCUUGGCAAUCCAAACCUUAAAACACUUUUGGCAGUUGGGGGGUGGAACUUUGGAACACAAAAAUUCUCUGCAAUGGUGUCAAGACAAGCCAACAGAGCAAUAUUUUCCCAGUCGUCAAUUACAGUACUGAGAAAAUAUGGCUUUGAUGGACUUGACCUGGAUUGGGAGUAUCCUGCUGCAAGAGGCAGUCAUCAGGAAGACAAGCAGAGAUUCACGGCUUUGUGCAAGGAACUCAUGGAGGCUUUUCAGGCUGAGGGCAACGCGACUGGCCGUGCCAGACUAAUGCUGACUGCUGCUGUGGCUGCAAGCAAAGAAACCAUUGAUGCUGGCUAUGAAAUAGCUGAGAUAGCAAAAUACUUGGAUUUCAUCAGUGUGAUGACGUAUGACUUUCAUGGCACCUGGGACACAGUCACGGGGCACCACAGCCCCUUGUACAAAGGGUCCCAUGACACCGGGGAACAUAUUUAUUUAAAUACUGACUAUGCCAUGAGGCAUUGGCGGGACAAUGGAACACCUGUAGAAAAGUUAAACCUGGGGUUUGCCACUUUUGGAAGAACAUUUCAUCUCACCAGUCAAUCCAGUGACGUUGGAGCACCAGCUCAAGGUGGCGCUGCUGCAGGCCCCUUUACGAGAGAAGUCGGCAUAUGGUCCUAUUAUGAGAUUUGCACUUUUCUUAAAGGAGCCACCGUUGAGUUGAUUGAGGAUCAGAAAGUUCCAUUUGCCACUAAAACUAAUGAGUGGGUGGGAUAUGACAACAGGAACAGUUUUGAAACAAAGGUCCAUUACCUAAAAGCCAACAGCUUUGGAGGUGCUUUCGUCUGGGCUCUUGAUUUGGAUGACUUUGCUGGGCAAUUUUGUGCACAGGGAAAUUACUCCCUCAUCAGUUACCUUCGCUCUCUUUUGAUAUCAGAACUUCUUCCUCUUCCAGAAACCACUUCAAAGCCAGAGACUCCACCUACAGCCACACAACUACCUCACAUUACACCUACGACCAUAACUCCAACUAAAGUACUUCCCAGCAACUUCUGUGCUUCAAGGACCAAUGGUCUUUAUGCCAAUCCUGAUGUCCCUGGUUCUUUUUACUCUUGUUACAAUCAUAUUACUGUGAUACAACACUGCCCAUCAACUUUAGUGUUUCAAGAAAGUUGCAAAUGCUGCAGUUAUGCCUGAUGGCUUUGUUGGCUAUGGUUAUUUGCAAUAUCAGCAAAUACAGUAGUUGUUUGCUUUAAGAUUU